CCCAUCAAAGUGUCAAAAAUGAGUCAACAAGAUGCAGCAGCGAAACUUAAUGUUCCUCAGGCUACCUUGUGUAGUCCACUAAAACACCAAGAAACACUCGUGGCUGCCAAUGAUGGAGACAGAAAAUGAAAGUACCUGUGUUUUAAGCCGCCCUCGUCCACAUAAUGACCCUCCUUACUUUAUAUUCAUGUUAUAAAUGUACAAAUGUUGGUUAGAUGGUAAUCUGCAUAAGAAAAAAAAGAAAUUGAAAAACAUUUGUUUAUAAUAAUAAUGUACUUAUAGUGAUCAAUUUGAUCUGGACAGACGUGAUAACUGUAAGAGUUUUCCACUUUAUAAUGUACUAUAUAAACAUGUUGGACUGAACAUUACACUUUACCCAGUCAAUGAGAAUGGAUAUCAUUACAUAUGUAAAGUAAAUUAAAAAGGAUUUAAGUGUUAUAUCAGCAGAAAUGGUUUAUAACAUUCUGAACUAUGUUUUCAUUAGUUUGUUACGACUGUAAAAUAAGAACUAUUAUAAGGCUGUGAUUUCGUUACCUUAGAAUGAGCAGUUUUGCCUACAUACGGAGCAAGUCCUUCCCCAUGGAAGUAGCCCAGAACAGACAAACCAAACACUGGCCCUAGAUAAGGCCAUUCAUGUUUCCAUGUCGACGACCAUAGUUCUCUUACACACUUGCCACACAGGAGAAAUUGUUCUGCAACCUCACCACUAGAUGGCACUGAAUCCUACACACUGGACCUCUAAAAGAAAAUUAUUGGAAACCCCAAAAUGAUCAACUUUCCCAAAGUUUGAACUCUGUGUUUGUUGUGAGCUGUUAAUCAUUGCAGGACUUCAUCAGUGUUGUGAAGCAGCAGUUAAUAAAUAUGCAGUGUUAAACUGAGAUCGAGGCCAAAACCAACUUUUCACUCAUGUUUAAUUUAUUUGUUAUCACCUAAGACAUAGCUACUCGUUUCAUAAUCAGCAGUGUUGAGUCUGCAGUCUGAAGUUGAAUCAGCGCUGAUUUGACUUGGACUCAAGUCAAAAAAAUGUUUGACUCGAGUGCGACACAAGUCCGUACAGCAGCGACUUGAGUCCUUAAAGGAUUACAGCCAGUCUUUGGAAGAUUGCCCUGUGUUGAGCAGCCCUACAAAAACUCUGUAAAUCCUUUUAGCUGGUGUGUGUGUGUUGGAAAGGUGGAAGGAUUUUUGUGGUGCUUUGGGGUUGUUGUUGGCUCAGAUGUCUGAAGGUUUUACUACCAGAAUGUUCUGUCCUGUCUUUUUUUUUCAUCAUGUUACCUUCCUGGCCCCCUUUCCUCCCUCCUGUGUAACACAUACCUGGUCCCUCUCGCUCCCUGAAUCCUGUCUCUGCUCCCUCGGUGCCCCUGUUUGCUUCUUCUUGUCCUAUCUGGCUCUCUCAGGUUCAGGCCCAAUAAGUCGGUCCCAGCCUACGAUCAGGGCUCGGCCUGCACCAGAGCAUCAACUGGUCGUGAAGGGUGAGGAGGGCCGAGAGCUGCGUGUGGUGGUGAACACCAACGACCCGGACUACGAGCACAUCUACUCCAUCGAGGCCUACGACGACCCCUUGGACGAGCUGCUUUACUUCACUCCCACUGCCAACCAGAGCGAUGGUGAGGUUGUCAAGGAUGAAACUGUCAAAACAGUCAAAGCUGAACCAAGCAAAUCAGCCACAGCUGUCGUUAAGAAAGCAGCAACAGCUGAUGGUCAGAGAGCAGCCAAAGUUAAAGCACCUCUGAGAGCAGUCAAGCCCAAAACAGUCAGGUCCAAGAGGAGAGUCAAAGGGGAAGCUCCGGCAGACCUGUGCUUGCUGCCCAUGGAGGAGGGGAGCUGUGGACGAUACACUCUGCGCUGGUACUUUAACAGUCAGGUUCAGGCCUGCAGGCCCUUCAUCUACAGCGGCUGCAAAGGAAACGACAACCGCUUCCUCCACCUGGAGGAGUGUGAGGAGCUCUGCCUUGGGGAGGUCGAAGGUUCUCGUCCCUUGAAGACAGCACGAUGAUUGAGGACAAAUCCUCCUCAGCCACUGGAAUGUUAGCCUUUAUAUAACUUUAUAGGUCAUUAUUUUGUCAAAUGUUGAUGGUCAAGAUUUGUUUUUGUUUAUUUAUUGUUUCUGUAAACCCAACCAAACUUUACCCCAGGUUGAGAGGGGAUCCCAGAGUGCCUCCUUGCUUAAUGUUCUCCAAAUAAAAGACAAAAUAGAGUUAUUAGGUUAAAAAAACACUUUUCUUUUUUGUGUAGUAGAGGAAUUGCACACUGAGAAGAGUUUCUUUGCUUUCACCCUGAUUCUCUCAGUUUAACCGUACCACAGUAUUGUUGUAAAGUAUAUUCAGUACCUUUAUCCAUGUCAUGUUGCACACAGAUAAUAAAACCUAGAUCUACAUACAGAAAGGAAGUGAAAAAAUAACUUGACUGUCCUCACAGUGUAAUCCAAUAUUUCUUAGGUAAAUACCAAUACGGUGAAGCUCAUAAUGUGUCUUCAACUCAGUGUUCAUUUUCGAGGCUGUAGUUUGUAGUGUUCAGUCAUUAUAUGCGUCAACAUGGAGCCUGUUACUCCACCUAAUAUUGGGGGGAAAAAAACAGACAUGAAUUUCUUUGUUAGGCAGUGAUGGUUGAGAAUUUUCUGAUGAAACAAUACAGCUGUUUUACAAAUCCACAACAGUAACAAAGCACUUGACGCAGAUUCACUUUAUUUUGCAGUCGUUAAACCUUGUCCUUGAUCUGACUGAUUACAUUAAGAAGAAAAAAGGUCUACACGUGACCUGCAUUCCCCUUCACGAAUGAGGUUUCUCAUGAUUGGUUUAUGUCCUAAUUACCUGAGUCUGACUCACCGUCGAUGCAGGCUGCAACCAUCUAAUCCUGUUUUCUAACCCUGUGCUUAAAAUUGCCUUUAAAAAAAAUCACAAAUAAAAAUGGUGAUUGUCAGUAGGGAAAGAAAUUGAGAACCAGUUCCAGGUGACUAAACUAGAAUUGACUUGACACUUCUAUACUCUUGUUUCAAUUCUGUGGCCUGUGCUGCAGAACUUUCAACCUCUGUAGCACCAGUGCUGUGUGCAAAACAAGUUAAGGUACUGCCUUGUGCAGCUUGUAAUGUCUGUAAAACAAUCAUGUCAAGUUAGGGUGGAAACCAAGGGCAACCCCGGGGGCCGACAAAUAAGGCUAACACGGAAGUGCCAAAACUGUAGUUCCUUGAGUGGCCACUUGAGGCUGGCUCCAAGAGCAAGUCAAUCUCCAUAGACCUCCAUGUUUCUAAUUUCCUCCUUUAUGACAAUUGUACGGGGAGUGAAUUUUUAUAUCCUCCAUAGCUUAACCCUCUCAUCCAAAUAUGGUCACUUCUGGCUCCAAAAAAACAAGAUAGCAACGACCAAAAUGCCAAACUCAAGGCUUCAAAACGGGGUCCACAAACCGAUGGGUGACAUCACAAUGGCUACGUCCUUUAUUUUUACACUCUAUGAUGAAAACCCCAUCAAUAUGCAUCUUUUGAUGCAACGUGGACUUGACACACGAGUGCCACUGCUUGCCAACUGAGCCGCAUGUCCUGUCAAUAUCCUAUGUUAUGAUAACACGAGCAGCUUUGCCUCACACCUCAUAGACUCCCGGAAUGUUGUUGACGUGCGUAUGUCUAGACACUUCUUUGCGCUCCAUCCGCCAGAGUCGCUCUCUGUAUAUCAGGAAGAAGUUGUGGGAGGUUGCUCCUGACCUUAUCUGGACAUGUUAAGAUAUUAACAGAUCAGUUUUGGGGAAAGGGGUGAGCAGGCAUGUGCUUGGCUGGGGGCCCUGGAGCUCUGGAAAGGUUUGCUGGAAUGAUCAUCUGAGCUCUUGGAACAAACUAAAUGUUCUGUCCAGACAGGUUGGAGCCCGAAAACAGACUGACCCAAAACAGGCCAGAAAACCAAGACUAAAAUGAAAGCCAUACAAAUAUUCUGUUGAUCUAAACUGUUCAGACUCAAGAGAAGAUAAUUAAACAGUUGUUUCCAUACAGAAAAUUGAUCAGGAAUCAAUGAGGAAUCAAUAAAGAAUCUGAUAAGAUAAGCAGAAUCAAUAUUUGAACUGCUAUCAAUAAAAUCUGAUCAGUUCUCAGCUCCAUUUAAGCUGACACAUACUGCUGAUUGGCAUUCUACUUACUAUGACUCACUUGUGCGGCUGCCUUUGUUAUCAUGAUUUGCAGUAGGUGUCAAAGAGAGAAAUAUAAAAAUCAUGACAACCAAAAAUAUGAAAGCUUCAUCAGCAAAGAGGGACACAAGCAGAACCUCAGCAACACUGAAUGAAAUACACACAACAGUGCAUUUUGUUAACGCACAGUCCAAACUACAGCCUUUAUGACCUUCACUGUACUGGUAGUUACUGCAAGGAUGUUGAGAUAUAAGGUGUUUUUAUGUUUUUUUGCUCACUCCUCAGAUGUAAAGACUGUUUUACUGUCUACUUAGUAAAGUAGUGAAGUGGGCAGAGUUGUGAGUUCUGGAAGUAUUUUCUCCUUUGUACAUGAAAAUGAGCAUUUGAAAAUUUUCUUCUAAUGAUAAUCUUACUGUAAUGUUCGUCAACAAGUAAGCACAGGAGCAGUAACAGAUGUCAUGUAAACAGAAAAAAUAAGUAACUGUAAUCAGCCCAGGUUAAACUUGAAAAGAUGCGUAAUUAGAUUAUAGUUACAUUGUCAAGAAACACUUUAACAUAUUUGAUUAUGCCUUAAAAAUACGGCAGUUUUAGAAUUAUGAGACUUUCUUUAUGAUAACCAGUGCUCUGUUAAUUGAUUAAUUAACAGCAUGUCCCACAUAAAGAGUUAAGUACACCUAUAGUCUGUGCCAGUUGUGUUUUUGUAAGGGUAAUUUGAUUUGAUCAAAUGUAAAUGCUAAAUAUGCGAAAUGCUUUUUAUUUCCAUUGAAAAUGUUUUGAGAGAAAAGACUAUUUGAUAUUUGUGAAACUCAAGUUUUUGUGGCUCUGGUUUUUAGUAUAAGGUGCAGUAUUUUCAAUACUUGAUUGUAAAGUAAUCCAAAAGUAUUCAGAUUAGAUUCUGUUUCAUUUGUAAUCCAAUGGAUUACAUUACUAAAUUUAAAAAACAAAAGGCCAUGUAAUUUGUCUUCAGUAACUGGCUACAUGUCAAAGUAAUACGUUCAAACCCUGUAAAGUAGUCGCCUGGUUGAAGUAACUUCUAAUUUAUUAUUUCAGCUUUGUUUCUGAGAAAUGUUGUCUUUUCGGUCAGUUUGGUUCACAGAUGGCUCUAAAUACUGUAGUAUUAAGAAGCAGACAAAAACCAGAGACUAGGGCUCCGUAUGUAAUCAGAAUAAUAUCAAAAUCGCAAUAAUCAAUAAUAAUAAUGGCCAAGUGCAAUAUACAAAUUGCAGGAACUACAAUUUUUUGAUAAAGGGGAACAUGAUUGUUUGGCACAGACCUCAGCAAAAAUCACAUCAUCAUCAUUUUUAUAUUUUUUCAGUGGAAAUAAAAUGCAGAAAUUACCAUUCCCACUAAAAUCAAGACUUGUAUAACAAUCUGUCAAAAUAAUCACGAUGUAAUUUAUUUCAUGCCUCCAUACCGGCGCUGGCUGUGUUGUCGGUCAAUACAUAUGUCCAUCCAUCCGUAUGUCCUACCGUCCAUAUGUCUAUCCCAUUCUCUUGAAUGCUGUAUCUCAAGAACACCUUGAGGGAUUCUUUUUUUUUUUUUUUUUCUU